GCCAUCAUAGCCACCUCUGAUCGUUCGUAUCAGCUAGUUGAUAACCUCGUGAGCAAGUUACCUAAUUAGUCAGUAACAUGUAAGAUAGCUAAAUGACAUAGGUAAUGCAUAUAUUACACAUGGGGCAAGUCUUACUGUAUGUCCAGUGAAUUAUACAGUACCCUUUGAGCCAAACCACAGAGUUGAAACCACAUCGAAUUUGUCACAGAGGAGAUGGUUCGAAGCCGGUCUGAGCACAACAAUUGUGAGAUAUUUUCGCUGGAGGAGGUGUCCUUGCAUCAGCAAAACAUUGAAAGAAUAGAACACAUCGACAGGUGGUGCAGGGAACUCAAAAUCCUGUAUCUUCAGAACAAUUUGAUACCCAAAAUAGAGAGUGUAAGUCGAUUGAAGAAGUUGGAAUACCUUAACCUCGCCUUAAACAACAUCGAGCUGAUUGAAAACCUGGAAGGAUGCGAGAGUCUUCAGAAGCUGGACUUGACUGUGAACUUUGUGGGCCAAGUAAGCAGUGUGGAGUCAUUGAGGAGCAACCUCCAUCUUAGAGAGCUCUUCUUGGUGGGAAACCCCUGCACUGAGUUUGAGGGCUACCGGCAAUACGUAGUGGCUUCCCUUCCCCAGCUGAAGUGGCUAGAUGGGAAAGAGAUCGGCCGGUCAGAGAGGAUUCGAGCUGGGCAGGGAUUGGAGGAGGUGAGGAGGCGCAUCAAGCAACAGGAGCAGGAGUACCUGAAGAAGAGAAGGAAGGAGAAGGAAGAGAGCAAUAAAGACAAACUGGAUGACAAGGUCCUCACCGACAAAAAGAAACCAGGCUUUGAUGGGCGCUGGUACACGGAUAUAAAUAACACUGUCCCAGAGCCAGAAGGUAAUGAGGAGAACCCGAAGGUGGAACAGUCAGAGAAGGAGACCGCCAGCCUCUCGUCGGUGGAGAAGGACAAGGAGUUCUGGGAGAAACCAUGUGCCUUCACUCCCGAAUCACGCCUGGAGGCCCACCAACACCAAGAGGACAUGAAGAAGAAAAAACAGAGGGGGAAGGAGAAGAAGCCCAAGGCUCCCAGGACUCUGAUCACCCCUGAGGGACGAGUGAUGAACGUCAACGAAGCCAAGCUAGGUUUUGUGCUCAGAGACGAGGAGGACAAGAACAUGCUGGUUUUGGACCUGGAAGUCUACAGACAUAUGGACACCUCUCUCAUGGAUGUUGACAUUCAACCAGUGUACGCUAGAGUUACAAUCAAAGGGAAGAUUUUCCAGCUGGUGCUGCCUACAGAAGUGCAGCCAGACAGCUCGACAGCCAAGAGGUCCCAGACCACCGGUCACCUGGUCCUCACCAUGCCUAAGGCUCAAGGUGAAAUCAAGCCAGCAAAAACUGCAUCACGUCCAUCAAAAUCUUCUCAAUGCACAUCAGAAGAAAAGAUAAGGAAAGACGGGGGGACCGAGCAUUUGGAAGUGGACCCAAGCAAACAUUCUGUCGUCGACUUCGCAAACAUCGUACCGAGAACAACGACCACCAGAGGGGGGCCGCUCGAGAUCUCUCGCAAACAACAUCCCUCGGCAACAGAAGACUUUACAUUUUCAGAUGGAUUUGUUGAUGACCCCGAUGUCCCCCCAUUGAUAUGAGAGAAGAAAGCAUAUCAGACUGUCAUAUCUCAAGACAUUUGGAUCUUUACAAAAGAAGGUUAGAGCUGAAGCUGUCACAGAAGUCUACACUUGUCUGAUUUGUUUAAUCGAAACGCAGACACAUUCCUCACACCCUCACUUCAUCCUAUAUGGAAUUACGUUAUUUGCAGGGUUGUUUACAGUUGUACUGAAAACUAGCAAAUACUGUAUUUUCAAAUGUUCUCACGAAGUGGAGAUUAAGUUUAAUAUCUCUGUAAAACAUUGUCAAUUACGUCAAAUAUGCAUAUACAUUUGAAUAGUCUUGAAUACAUUGUUUCAGUGGUCCCAGCUUUCUUCCCAGCUGCAAGUUUUUCUUGAGCUCCAAUUGUGCUUUAAAUUGAAUUACAUUUUUCUUCUUCAAGAUAGCAAACUUGGAUGGGUCUUUAAGAUAUUAUUCUGACACAGUUACUGCCCAAAGGACAUAAAAAUACCUUUGGACUUCAUGUUCAUCUUUGAAUCCUCAAUAAGUCUUCUUUUUCUUUACUUUGAGUUGUCAGUUGAAAGGCGUUGAGGUUGUGACUUCAUGAUCUCUUCUCUCUCACAUCCCUCUCUCAACACUCACAUGUCAGCAUGGUAUUCUUCAGAGAACUGUUUUAGGUUGGACCGUUUUUCCUCUGACAGCAUGGAUAACCUUUUUCCUCCUAGCUUAAAAAAAGAAUCCACCAGUAGUACACAAAUCCCUUAAAUAUUGAAAUCUUGCCACCAUAUAUUUAUGUUAAUAUUAAAUAUGCACGGUAAGUAAGGGUAAGUA